AUGAAGCUCACUUACUGCUAUGUCUUGAUCCAGUCAAUGAUACAAUCCGGUAUCUAUACGCACGGCUUUCACAUUGCAUCAGUCGAUACUUGGACUGGACAUAAAUCAAGCAUCCCUAGGCUGCAAAAGAUAUUUGAUUUUGAAGCCAAAUCAAGGCAUGGGGGAGACAAGAUAGACUGGGAUAUGUUCUCCACACACAUAAACCCCUCAACUGAAUUCAAUCAAUCACAAUCUGAUGAGUUCAUCAAUUUUUGGAAAAAAGAAAAGAGAUCAAAUGCAAGAAUGUUCCAGACUGAAGCAAUUUGCUAUAUGAAUGAGCUAAUUUUAUCAGAACAAGAAACCUGGGAGGAGAAAAUAACAAGGAUUUUUGAGAACAUCAAGUUGGGUGUACUAUACACAAGCUUAUCAGAACAAAUAGCAUUCUUUCAAAUUUUAUGGCAGCUUCUUGCAUUGAAAAACGUACCAUUCAAAAUUUUGCAGAUCAUUCAUCAUGAGCUAAUCAAGAUGGAGGAAAUGACAACAGAUCUUAUAGAUGUAUUUCCAGACAAAUAUGCAAAGUGGAGGGAUCCAUUACUCAAAACCAUAGACAUGUCUGAACAAAGAUACAAAGAGUGUAUUGAAGAGGUUGAGCAUGGAAAGGACCUCAUAGAUUUUGUAACCAUACAGAAGGGACUGGGGAAAUAUGGUAUAAAGCUCGCUGGGGAUUGGUCUCCAAAAGAUCAAAAGCCACUUUUCAAACUGUGGAUAUCUGACAGAAUGAAAUUUUACGUUGCGGUCAAAGAAAAUCCACCACUUCAACUUGUUCUGGAAACUCAAUUUAUGCAAACAGAAUUAAUUGAAGUGCUUAAAGCCAUCAAUCCCAUUGAUCUUGAGGUAAAGAAGGCAUUUGUGGCUUGGUGUUGCUUGACUUUGAGAGAGCAAUUGGACACUGUGAUGGAUUAUCUCAACUCUUUGGAUGAAGAUAGGCAAGCAUUGUUUUCACUAUGA